GUGUUUUGUAUGAAUCAACAUGCCGUAUUAUAUUUGGACUACCUUGAGAACAAUGCCGCCCAUAUCUUUUCCCAUCAUUAAACGCUAUUUGCCCUGCCAGUCUAUAUCUUUAUUGUGUGUUCAACUAUCAAUUAUUCAAGCAUUCUGCCGCCGCUGGCAUGACGAUUUUCACAUCAUAUCGAGUUCCAAUCAAUCCGUGGCUUGUCAAAUGUCCGGCGUUGCACGGCAUGACCAGCACCGCCCUCGAUCCAUCACCGUCUUGCGAUGUUUAGGCUUUCCCGACUGACCGUGGCCGAUUGGUUCCUCAAAAAGGAUAAAGAAAAAGUGGCGGAGCGGUGCCGAAGUAAAAAUAGAACAAAGAAAAAAAAAAAACAAAAGAAAAA